CAGACGGUGGGCUCGGCUGCUGAGCCAGAAGGAGAUGGAGCGCUAGAGAGGGGGGGAAAGGAUGCAGAGAGAAGGGGAGGUAUGGAGGUGUCCGACACUGCAGGAAGCCGUGAGUCAGCAGGCAGAGAAACGAGCUGUGGGAGGGAAGACACAGAGAGUUUAUAGAUAGCUUUAGGUGAUACGGCUGGAGAGAGCGCGGCGUCAAAUGCCUCCCGGUGCGUUUGUGUGUGCGUGUGCAUGCGCCUAUCGAUCGAGCAGAGAAGGUCACCGAGCUGAGAGGAGAUUAGCAAACUAGACUCGGAGAGGCAGAGCUAACGCCUCCUCUGAAUAGCAGCUAGACAGCAGGAGGAAAGGAAAAAAAAAAAAGGGAAGAGAGAGACGACUGCGAAGGACGAGAGGAGCUGCUACAGGAUGGGGGAGAGCUAUAUGUACCAGCGACUCCCGUUCAGCAGGGGAGAGGAGGAGGGGGAGGAGGAGGACGAAGAGGAGAGAGACGGGAGGAUCAGAGGAAGUGUCGGGGCACAAAUGAUGCAGUGUGAGGAGGGGACGGAGUGGCUGCUGGAGCUGCUGACGGAUGUGCAGCUGCAGCAGUACUUCCUGCGCAUCCGUGAUGACCUCAACGUCACCAGACUCUCCCACUUCGACUACGUCAAGAAUGAAGACCUGGAGAAGAUCGGCAUGGGACGCCCAGGUCAGAGGAGGCUUUGGGAGGCCGUCAAGAGGAGAAGAGCUCUUUACAAACGCAAGUCCUGGAUGAGUAAGGUGUUUCCGGUGAAACGACCUGACGCCGACCCCCAGCAGCCCCUCCCUCAGGGUGCGACGUCCAGCCCUGCACCAGCCAGUAGCGACGCUCCCGCCUCGCUCACCUGCCUGAUCAGAGAGGCGGAGCUGCAGCUGUUCGAGCGGCUCGGAGACGGCACAUUCGGGGUGGUGCGGCGAGGAGAGUGGACCGGACCCAACGGCCGAGUGUUGUCAGUGGCGGUGAAGUGUCUGAAGGCCAGCGUGUUGGACUCAGACGGUCUGGACGAUUUCAUCAGAGAGGUCAACGCCAUGCACUCACUGAGCCACCAGAACCUCAUCCGGCUGUACGGCAUCGUCCUCACACAGCCCAUGAAGAUGGUGGUCGAGCUGGCCCCUCUGGGUUCCCUGUUGGAUCGUCUGAGAAAGCGUCAGGGUCACAUCCUCAUCUUGUCUCUGUGUAACUAUGCCGUGCAGGUGGCGUGUGGUAUGGCCUAUCUGGAGCAGAAGCGUUUCCUCCACAGGGACCUGGCGGCUCGCAAUGUUCUGCUGUCCACCAACGACACGGUGAAGAUCGGAGACUUUGGUCUGAUGAGGGCGCUGCCAAAAAACACCGACCUAUACAUCAUGGAGGAGGGCCACAAAAUCCCUUUCCCAUGGUGUGCUCCGGAGUCUCUGAAGUCUCGUACUUUCUCCCAUGCAUCUGAUACCUGGAUGUUCGGGGUCACUCUGUGGGAGAUGUUCACCCACGGACAGGAGCCGUGGCUGGGCCUUAAUGGCAGCCAGAUCCUCCACAAGGUGGACGUGGAGGCCGAGAGGCUGUGUAAACCAGAGGACUGUCCUCAGGACAUCUACAACGUGAUGCUGCAGUGCUGGAGCCCCAAACCUGAGGACAGACCGACUUUCAUCGCCCUCAGAGACUUCCUUCUCGAGACCAUGCCCACAGACAUGAGAGCUCUGCAGGACUUUGAGGAGGAAGACAAGCUUCAGAUUAAAAUGAACGACGUCAUCACCAUCAUAGAGGGAAGGGCAGAGCACUACUGGUGGCGAGGUCAGAACAGGGGGACGCUACGUGUCGGUCAGUUUCCUCGCCACGUGGUGACGUCGGUGGCCGGCCUGUCCGCCCACGACAUCAGCCGACCGCUCAAACACUCGUUCAUCCACACGGGACACGGAGACACGGACCCUCACAGGAGCUGGGGACACGCAGAUCGUAUAGACAGCCUGUAUUUGGGGAAUCCCAUGGACCCUCCUGAUGUCCUCGGCAUGGAAUCGGGCAUCGCGAGGCCGACCAAACUCCCCAAUCGUGCCAAGAAGCAACCUCCUCCUCGUCCGCCCCAACCUGCUGUUCUUCUGAAGAAGCCGUUCUACGACUCCGUGAUGGACGAUUACGACGACGAUGACGAUGCCAGUGCUUCGUCUGGCCUGAAGAGGCUGGGAGUGUCUCUGGGGCUGAAGCUCCGGCCGUGGGAGGGCUCCGGCGUGCGCUCGGCCAAAAGCGAGGUGUCGCUCAUCGACUUCACUGACGACAGCUUCAGCUCGACCACGCCCUCGCCGCUCACCGAGAGCCGGCCGGAUGAAGACACACUAAAGGACACUCCAUCCAUCCUGGACUGGCCUCUCCCACAGCCAGCUUAUGACGAGGUUACUACCGAGAUCGAGGACCAAUCAGAGGACCAGGAGGUGCGGUCCAUCAACAAGGGUUUUACUGAGGACACUGCGGCCACGCCGAGCGCUGGUAUGGCGGGGAGGAGUGAGUCGCAGUCAGCUGACCUCUUCCAAGAGCUGCAGCGGGAGGUGAUGGUGAAGCUGCAGGUUCCCAUGGCAACAGGCCGUUCCCUCCCAUCCUCCCCGCUCCCCAUGCCCCUGGCUCCUCUGGGCCCCCAUCGACAGAUCUACCUGCCUCCUCCCUCCCCCUCCUCCACUUCCACCUCCUCCUUCGCCUCCUGUUUCGAGGACCGGCCGGUGCUGCCCCCUCGCAGCCCCGUCCCCCCGCUGCGUCCCUCCAAACACAACAUCUCCUCCAACCGCACCUCCAACCCGCAGUCGCGCUCCAGCUCCAUCUCCCUGGGCGAGCCGGACGACACGCCUCCUCAAAUCCCGCCCAGAGACCACGCCUUCUCUCAGCCGGGCUCCCGCUCCUCCUCUCCCCUCCCACUGGUGCCGCCGCUCUCCUCCUCCCCCGUGGCGCUGCCUCCUCCUCCCCUCUCGGUCUCUCCACGGCGGGCGUCUGGACUCCUGGGCCCUCUCCUCUCCUCCAACUCGUCAGCCUCCUCCCUGCCUCCAGUGGCAUCACAUUCCUCACAGUUCACAGCUCGCGGCUCCUCCUACUCGUCUGGCUCCUUAUUGGAUCCUCUCGCCUUCCGUGAGGGGCGUGGCCUGUCCUCGCUGAUUGACGGCCCCCAGAGCUCUGCUCCCGCCCCGCUGCCUGAUCGGCCAGCUUAUCUGGAAAGGUACGGAGCAGCCAACAUGGCGGCAGUCAAACCCAUGAUUCAGCAGCCCGGCGGAGCCAAACCGAACUCCUCCUACAACAACAACAACGGGCGAACUGCAGCUCCCAGCAUGCAGCAGGAGCAGAGCAUCAAACAGGUCCAGGGUGCAGUGCACGGUGUCACGCUGGAGGAAUGUAAGGCAGCUCUGCAGGGUCACAACUGGAACAUCCCUCUGGCUGUCAAUUAUUUAAAGGUGGAGCAGCUGUUCCGUCUGGGCCUCCGGUCGAGAACCGAGUGUGAGGAGCUUCUGCAGCGCUGCCAGUGGAACCUGGAGGAGUCCAGCACGCUCAUGCUGGACUCGUACGGACCACAUCGAAACAUGAAAUGACAGCAGGACGACAUCACCCACUGACGAGCCUCUGAUGUCUGGAUCGACACGCCAUCACUGACCUGCUCGGAUGACUCAUCGCCGCGCGGACGCCAGACACAGCAACACUUCGUAAUGAACGGAGGAAACAUAAAGCAGGACGUGUGCCUCAUUCUGUGUACUGUGAAUAUCUGCUUCUACCUGUGUCGCACACAUGCAUGCUCAUUAUCCGCCAAACGGAGCAGCUUGUCGAAUGAGUCACUCUAUUACUUGAACAGAUGCUAUUUAUGUUUUGUUUUUUAUUAUUAUAUUAUUAUUAUUAUUACGUGAAUAAUGAGAGUUCAUAUCCUCGCUGGUAGCUACUGCAAACGUUUACUGGUUGUGAAUUUAGCUGUGAAUACGUGCAUGUCAAGGUUUGUGCCCAUGCCUUUACGCUGUAAAUGAAGCGAUAUAUAAAAAUCAGGGAACUGUCAGCCGUCGUUUUUAUGAAAAUAGUUGAGACGCUGUAUUGUAUAUGGCACUUUAAUGGACGUGACGACACAUUAACUGCUGGUCAGAAGAUGGUAAACAAUUUAUCUAGUUAGUGAAGCGAUGAGAUACUGAUAUCAUGUGUUAUUAAUGCAUCGUUCGUGUCUUAAACGAAAGCUUUGUGGGCUUUGUAAAGGCGUGAAUUGUGAACGGAUCGAGAGAUUUUUAGUUUUGUCUUCGGCAAUAAGAUGCCAAAACAGAAAUGUGAAGAUAUCUACCGUCUCCUUAUGAAUACAGGGUAUAAGAGUUGAACCUCCACACGUUAAAUAGUAAAAGGUGGAUGUUAGGUAUUUCUUCGGAUGAUAACGACUGCUGUAUGAUAAUCAUAAACACACGCUGAAGUGCUUAACGAACAUUUACCUGAAUAAGUAGGACCUGCUACGUGAGAGUGUUUGCAUGUGUGCUCGGUGCUGCAGUGCUGUAUGGGUAAUUACACGCAGCUAAACAGAUAGAUAGAAAUAAGACACUUGUCGUUUUUUGCAGCUACGUCUCCAAGAUAUGAUUUAGACAGAUGUCUAAGUGUGUGUGUGUGUGUGUGUGUGUGUGUGUGUGCGUGUGUGUGACGUCCGUCCCUCUUGAGGCUCAGCUGUAAGCUCUUGUUGUCACACUGCCGUAUGUGACGCUGACUGCAUUAUACUGUAAAAAAAAAAGAAAAAAGCAGCUUCUUAAUGAGAAAAUGCAAAUAUGGCCGCCACUGUUUUAUAAUAAAGUGAAAUAUGAGUCAUUCUCUUUUCAAAAAAAUCCAAA